AAUAUGAGGGAAAUCGUCCACAUCCAGGUCGGCCAAUGCGGGAACCAAAUUGGAGCUAAGUUCUGGGAGGUGAUAUCUGACGAACACGGCAUUGACCCUACUGGCGCAUACCAAGGAGAUUCCGAUUUGCAACUAGAGCGCAUUAACGUAUACUACAAUGAAGCUUCCGGGUGCAAGUACGUCCCACGAGCUAUUCUCGUUGAUUUAGAACCUGGUACUAUGGACUCUGUACGUUCAGGACCGUUUGGGCAAAUCUUUCGCCCAGACAACUUUGUGUUUGGCCAAUCUGGAGCUGGAAAUAAUUGGGCUAAGGGCCAUUACACUGAAGGCGCUGAGCUGGUAGAUUCAGUUCUCGAUGUAGUUCGGAAGGAAGCAGAAGGCUGCGAUUGUUUACAAGGAUUCCAACUAACGCAUUCCCUUGGAGGCGGAACAGGGUCAGGAAUGGGUACUUUACUCAUAUCAAAAAUCAGAGAAGAAUAUCCUGACAGAAUUAUGAACACGUUUUCUGUCGUGCCAAGUCCUAAAGUCUCCGAUACAGUUGUAGAACCAUACAACGCAACCUUAUCAGUACAUCAAUUGGUAGAAAACACAGAUGAAACCUAUUGCAUUGACAAUGAAGCGCUGUACGAUAUUUGCUUCAGAACAUUAAAGUUGACAACUCCAACUUAUGGUGAUUUGAACCAUUUGGUAUCGGCAACCAUGUCUGGGGUCACAACUUGUCUACGGUUUCCUGGUCAGUUGAAUGCGGAUUUGCGGAAGCUUGCUGUUAAUAUGGUGCCAUUUCCAAGGCUGCAUUUCUUCAUGCCAGGGUUUGCUCCACUAACAUCUAGGGGAAGUCAGCAAUAUCGAGCGUUGUCUGUACCCGAAUUGACUCAACAGAUGUUUGACGCGAAAAAUAUGAUGGCUGCUUGUGAUCCACGUCAUGGGCGAUAUCUUACUGUUGCUGCAGUCUUCCGUGGGCGCAUGUCUAUGAAAGAAGUCGAUGAACAGAUGCUAAAUAUCCAAAACAAGAAUAGUAGUUACUUCGUGGAAUGGAUCCCGAAUAACGUCAAGACAGCUGUCUGUGACAUUCCGCCGCGUGGCUUGAAAAUGUCUGCAACCUUUAUAGGGAAUACGACAGCUAUUCAGGAGUUGUUUAAAAGGAUAUCUGAGCAGUUUACGGCCAUGUUCAGACGAAAAGCGUUUCUGCAUUGGUACACCGGUGAGGGUAUGGACGAGAUGGAAUUUACUGAAGCAGAAAGUAACAUGAAUGACCUGGUCUCCGAGUACCAGCAGUACCAGGAUGCCACAGCUGAUGAUGAAGGGGAAUUCGACGAGGAAGUUGAAGAGUAAUGUUUGUUUGUCCGGUGUUUAUUGUUUUACAUGUGUUUGUGCUGUUUAGUGUAGGCGUGUUUCGAAAAGUUUUAAAUAAAAAUACUCAUACGUUU